AUGGCAGAUAUAGGUGCUGCGUCUGAAAAGGGCUCGGACGUUCCGUACCAGCAGCCGGUGUCGGCCUCGGCGUCGCCGUCGUAUACGGGUACUGAGCAGUCCAGCUACUACGAGGAUGAUCGAAACUUUGUCCAGAGAGCCAUCGACUCGUUCAAACCUAUUGAUCUUGAAGACGAUGGCGUGGAUACGACGAACAUGACGGAGUUGGAGAAAUCCAUUUACGCCACGUCCAGACACCCUUUGGCUCGUCGUUUGAAGGCUAGACACUUGCAGAUGAUUGCUAUUGGUGGUUCUAUUGGUACUGGGCUUUUCGUUGGAUCAGGCUAUGCUUUGGCCAUGGGUGGUCCGGCGGGUGUGUUGAUUUCUUAUAUUUUGGUGGGUUACUCGCUUUUUGCUGUGGUGAUGGCAUUGGGUGAAAUGUCUGUUCAGUUCCCAGUGUCCGGUUCGUUUAAUGCCUUCUUCUCACGGUUCGUGGACCCAGCCUGGGGUUUCACGCUUGGUCUUUUGUAUUCGUUGUCGUGGUUGAUUUCGUUUCCUGCCGAGUUGGUGGCUUGUUCGUUGACGAUCAGUUACUGGGAUGAUAGGGUCAACCCUGCUGUGUGGGUCGCUGUAUUCCUUGUGGCUAUCAGUUCCAUCAACUUGUUUGGCGUUAAGGGAUACGGUGAGGUUGAAUUCACGCUUUCCAUUAUCAAAGUGCUUGCAGUGAUUGGAUUUAUCAUUGUGGGUAUUUGUAUCAUUUGUGGUGUGGGUGAUCAGGGGUACAUUGGUGCUCGUUACUGGCAUAAUCCUGGUUCGUUCAACCACGGUUUCAAAGGAGUGUGUUCAGCUUUCAUCUCGGCUGCCUUUUCUUUUGGCGGUGUGGAACUUGUGGCUUUGGCUGCUUCCGAAACUGCAAACCCAAGAAAAGCUUUGCCAAGGGCCACCAAACAGGUUUUCUGGAGAAUCACCCUUUUCUACGUCACCACUGCGGUUGUCAUUGGCUGUCUUGUGCCAUACACUGACGACAGAUUGCUUAACGGUUCAUCCAGUGAAGAUAUCACCUCUUCUCCAUUCGUCAUUGCUAUCAACAAUGGUGGUAUUAACGUUUUACCAGAUAUCAUGAAUGCCGUCAUUUUGGUGGCUGUCGUUUCUGUGGGUGCAUCUUCUGUCUAUGGUUGUUCUCGUUCCUUGGCAUCUUUGGCUGUCCAAGGUUUGCUUCCUAAAUGUAUUGCUUACAUUGACAGAAACGGUAGACCUUUGGUGGCUAUCCUUAUUACAAACGCUUUUGGACUUUUGGGCUUUUUGGCUUCCUCGAGAAACCAGAGUGAAGUCUUCACCUGGCUUUUCUCUGUGUGUUCAUUGGCUGCCUUCUUCACCUGGAUCGCUAUUUGCUUUACCCACUUGCGUUUCAGAUGGGCCUUGUCUGCUCAAGGCCGUAACACUGACGAAGUUAUCUUUGCCUCUCCAUUGGGUGUUUGGGGCUCCCUCGCUGGUAUGAUCGUGUUGAUCUUGAUUGUUAUUGGCGAAAUCUGGGUCUCUAUCUGGCCAAUCGGUUCCCCAGCAGACGUUGAGCAGUUCUUUAAGAACUGCCUUUCGAUGCCAUUGAUUAUUGUGUUGGUACUUUCUUUCAAGGCUUACAAAGGUACAUUGACGAAAUGGCUUAUACCGUUGGACGAGGUUGACCUCGAUACUGGCCGACGUGAAAUUGACGUUGAGAUAUUGAAACAGGAAAUUGCUGAUGAUAGAGCUCGUAUAGCAGCAAAGAGCUUCUGGUACCGUGUAUACAGAUUCUGGUGUUGA